UGCCGUGCCGUGCGGUGCCCUGCCCGCUGCCCGCGGGGCUCCCGGGGCUGGGCUGUCGUUGUGUUCCCGCCCGGUGCCCCCUGGCCGGUCCCUAUGGAGGAGCUGUACCCCGGGGGGGCCGACGACGACCAUGCCUAGGAAAGCCGGGAAUGGGCAGCUGCCGCUCCCCCAGGGCUGGGAGGAGGCCAGGGACUACGACGGCAAGGUCUUCUACAUCGACCAUAACACCAAGAAGACCAGCUGGAUCGACCCCCGGGACAGGUUAACCAAACCCCUCUCCUUUGCGGAUUGUGUUGGAGAUGAGCUGCCAUGGGGAUGGGAAGCAGCAUUUGAUCACCAGAUUGGUGUCUACUACAUUGACCACAUCAACAAAACCACACAGAUAGAAGAUCCCAGAAAACAAUGGAGGAGGGAACAAGAGAGAAUGCUAAAAGACUACCUGAUGGUGGCCCAAGAUGCUCUCAGCACUCAGAAGGAGCUAUACCACGUGAAAGAGAAAAGGCUCGCCCUGGCAUUGGAUGAAUACGUUCGAUUAAAUGAUGCUUACAAGGAGAAGUCGAGUUCCCGAACAAGCUUGUUCUCAGGAUCUUCAUCCAGCACUAAAUAUGACCCUGAUAUUCUGAAGGCAGAGAUCUCCACUACACGGUUAAGGGUUAAAAAACUGAAGCGAGAACUUUCACAGAUGAAGCAAGAAUUACUAUAUAAGGAACAAGGCUUUGAAACACUGCAACAAAUUGACCAGAAAAUGUCUGGAGACCAUAGUGGGUAUGAACUCAGUGAGGCCAAAGCUAUUCUUAGUGAAAUGAAAUCCAUCCGAAAGGCCAUUAGCUCAGGAGAGAGAGAGAAACAAGAUCUAAUGCAGAGUCUCGCUAAGCUGCAUGAGCGGCUUCAUUUGGACCAAAGCUUUGGGAGAUCUGAACCAGACUUAAGGGCCAACUCUGUGAGCUCUCAUUUAUCUCUCUCCAGACAGACCCUGGAUGCUGGGUCACAAACAGGCAUCUCUGGAGAUUUUGGAGCCAGAAGUAGAGCCAACUUAGCGGAAAAGGUCAGGUUAAGUCUACGAUAUGAAGAAGCCAAAAGAAGCAUGGCCAAUUUAAAAAUUGAGCUGUCCAAGUUAGACAAUGAUCCGUGGCCUGGGGAUUUGGAUGUUGAGAAGGAGAAGCUGAUGCUGAUUAAUGAAAAGGAAGAAUUUUUGAAAGAGCUUCAGUUUGUUACACCUCGGAAACGUAGUAAGGGUGAGCUGGACUAUCUGGAAGGCCAAAGGAAGCUUCUAGAGGAAGAGCUGCUCUCUGCGAGAAACACACCCAGUCGAGCCCUUGCCGAGAGGCUAAAGUUGGAAGAGAGAAAAAAGGCACUGCUACGAAGACUUGAAGAAACUACAAAAUUAACUACUUAUUUGCAUUCACAGAUUAAAAGUCUCUCUGCCAGUACCUUGUCCAUGUCUUCAGGGAGCAGUCUGGGAUCAUUGGCAUCCAGUCGGGGGUCUCUGAACACCUCUAGCAGAGGGUCCCUCAAUUCCCUCAGUUCCUCGGAGCUCUAUUAUAACAGCCAAGGGGACCAAAUUCCAGACUUGGAUUAUCAGUAUAAAUUGGACUUCCUGUUACAAGAAAAAAGUGGUUACAUUCCUUCUGGACCCAUUACCACCAUUCAUGAAAAUGAGGUGGUAAAGUCCCACAACCAGCUGGGCUACAGUGACUCAUCUGGAUCCUCCGCAGCCGGCCAUGCUCCAAAAUUGACUGAGCCACCCAAAUCUGUGACGUCCCUCUCCUCCAGGUCCUCCCUUUCCUCCUUGUCCCCUCCCAGUUCUCCUCUAGUUCUGGAAGGUCCUCCUCUCCACCAACUUGGUGCAGACUUUGAAGACUGUGAAUUGACUAGCCAUUUUGCAGACAUUGGCCUUACCGAAAAUCAGAUGCUGCCGGACUCAGAUGUAGGAGUAGCAUCACAGGCUCUUGCAGAGGACAAAGAUACCAGCGAAGGUGUUAGGCAGUCUUCAUCACCAUUGAGUGAAGGAACUACAGGUAUCGAAGAGCAGUUGCCAAGGAGGAUGGUAGGCCACUUACUGGAGGAGAAAACAGCUUGCGUGUCCGCUGCCGUGUCUGAUGAGUCCGUGGCUGGAGAUAGUGGUGUCUAUGAAGCAUCAGUAAAACAACCCGGUGAAAUUGAGGAUGUUCUCUAUUGUGAAGAUGACGCUUUGAUUCUAGAGGCUGCUCAAGUGCAGAUAGGACUCAGAUAUGAUGUUAAGACUUCCAGCUUAAUGAUGAUUGUAGUACAACUCCGAAACCUUCAUGGCCUCUCUAUAUCUCAGAACUCAAGAGUGUAUUUUAGGAUUAUAGUACUCCCCCCCUCGUCAGAUGUCAGCUGUCUCUUUCGCACAAAAGUCCAUCCUGCUGAAGAAUUCAUCUUGUUUAAUGAAAUAUUUAGAGUGGCCAUUUCCCCGGCGUCAUUACAACAGAAGACCUUAAGGGUGGAUGCCUGUUCUGUCAGCACAGACCAACGGGAAGAAUCCCUGGCCGGAACGCAGAUAAGCCUAGCAGAUUUUCCCAUUGUGGAUGAUUUUUUUACUUUGUGGUAUAAUUUGCUACCUUUCAAGCAGAUUUCUUGCAGAAAAAAUGAAGUAGAAAAUGAAGAAAUUGGGUUUCACCUGAGCCAGCCUUCCCUGGGCCCCUUAGACCUGGAUGCUGUGUCGGCUUUGCUAGAAAGAACGUCAGCUGAGUUACAGGCUGUAGAACAAGACUUGUCACGAGAAGCAGAGGAAGAGGAAGAAGAAGGGGGGCAACAGAAAGAAGCAAGAAGUCUUGAUGAAUAUUGGUUAGAAAUGUUAGCAGAGACCUCCGAUGAGCUCAUGGCCAAGGAAGAAGUGGAAGCCAAACUGUCAGAGGGGAGUGACAUUACAGAAGACCCCGGGCAGGACACAGCUGCGCCCAAGUCGAGUGAGGACGAGAGUGGGAAAGAGACCAGCCACACCAAAGACUCACGGAAUCAGCUCUCUAUUGUCUUGCCCAGCCUGAUUGAUAAAGAGACAAAUACCGAGGAAGCAUUUCCUGAAAAUGUGGCUGUCCGACCCAAGGACCGUUCCAACUUGAGCUCUCGGCAGCAUCCCUUCGUCAGAAACAGCAUGAUUGUGCGCUCCCAAACCUUUUCUCCAGGAGAGCGGAACCAUUACAUCUGUAGGUUAAACCGAAGUGACAGUGACAGCUCUACAUUGGCUAGAAAAUCCCUCUUUGUGAGAAAUGCAACAGAACGCCGCAGCUUAAGGGUCAAGAGGACUGUUUGCCCACCCGUCCGUAGAAGAUCGGCACGAGAACACCCCCCACGCACAUCUCUUGACUUAGAGCUGGACCUUCAGGCUUCUUUGACCCGACAGAGUCGCCUGAAUGAUGAACUGCAGGUCCUACGAGACCUGCGGCAGAAGCUGGAGGACAUGAAAGCCCAGGGAGAGAUGGCUCUUUCUGCUGAUGUGUUCGAGGAUGAGAGGUUUCAGAAGCUCUUGAAACAAGCUGAAAAACAGGCUGAACAAUCCAAGGAAGAACAGAAGCAAGAUUUGAAUGCUGAGAAACUGAUGAGGAAGGCCUCCAAGGAUGUGUGUCGGCUUCGAGAGCAGAGCCAGAAAGUACCCCUCCAGGUGCAAUCAUUCAGGGAGAAGAUGGCCUAUUUUACCAGAGCGAAGAUUAGCAUCCCACCCUUGCCAGCCGAUGAUGUAUAAAUUACGUAUUUUGAAUCAUUCUCCUACCUGCUCACUCAGAGGCAGGUGAAAGGGGUGAACUUUUUUCUUUUUUUUGUAACCAACUUUUCCAGAUCUUUUAUUUUGCAUCAGACUAUAGAUGUGUUUAUUUGUAAAAUAUCAUGAAUUUAAUUGUAUGUUUAAAAAAAAAGGAAAGGAAAAAAAAAUCUGUUGUCCAAAAUGGAAUAAUUCUGGUACACAGAUGUUGUACAGUAUGGUGUGCAUUGCAUGUGGGCUUUUAUUUUGUAAAGAUGGAGUAGAGGCAAGUUCCCAGUGUGAACCCUGUUGAACUGCACUGUCGAGAAAUACUGUAUCCUGAAGAUUUCUCUCUUUCCCUGUUUUCCUGUGAGUAGACUGUGAAGAUGGCAAAUGUACCAUGUAAUAUUUUUAUACAAGAAGAGUGUAACUCUUUAAGUUUGGAUUCAAACAUACAUCUAAUAAGCUUCUUUCCAGGGCUGCAAAGCCAUCCCAAACAGGUGCUGGCUCAAUUUCUAUCACUUAUAUUGGAAUAUUUUGUUUCCUUAAAAGUUUUGGGGUUUUUUGGCCUUUUGUAUUUAUCUAAGUAAAACAGUUAACAUUGGAGUACUGAGUGCAGGAAUAAAUGUAACCCUGUGAAUGUAUAGUACUUUUGGCUGCACUAAAGAUCCUGUGAGUUAUUAUUUCAUUGAAGGAAGGAGGAUAUUGAAAAAGAUUAGCAAGUAACUAAAAUUCAGAAAAAUAAAACCCCCUGGUGGGCAGCUGCUUCUUAAAACUCGAGGGUGAAUUUACACAAGUGUUCACAGCCUAGCCACUUACUUCCAGAUAUAAUCACUCUUACAGACACCAGUAAUGUUUUGCCAUAAGCAUCGUAGAAUUGCUAGCUAGAAGACUGUGGCAUGGUCUCAUUUCCAAUGCCAUUGAAAUUAGUGAGACAGAAAAAUUGCCAACUAAAACUGGAGAGAAAACCAGUGACCAAAGUACUUGUUGGGAUUUAAAUCAUGACCCAAAAGAAAAGCACUAUAAUAGAAUUCAAGGAUUUUACUAGAAUCCAGGUCAUAACCCUCAUUUUUAGGGAACUUAAAACCAAUGCUUCAUGGACAAGGAUGAGUUUUGGUUUGGGGGUUGUGUGUGUUUUUGUUUUUUUUUUUAAUUUGGCAGAAAUUCACUCCAAGUAGUCAUGUUUCUUUGUUUGCUGUUAAACUAGAUCCGGAUAAACAACAAUCAAGAAAUAAACCUGAGUUAGGUGUUAAUCAUGGUAGAACUUUAAACUUUACUUAACCUGGUCCUUUUUAAAAGAAGCAGGCUCUUAGAACAGCUGGUCCAAGAUCAUUAUUGUAAAUGGCUUUAAAAGAAAAACACUAUAUGCAAUUGUAAAUCAAAUGAAUGUCAGCCUCUUUACAAUCCACUCUCAUAUUUCUGAUGAAACAAUAUUUCAGUAGCCUCGAUAUGUGAGGAACCUAAAUCAGUUUUUAUCUGGGAUGUCAAAUCCCAUUCAAGAAAAAGAGUUUCCCAUUCAGGGUGGUUUUGAACCUGUGCUUUUAUUCCUAAGCUAGUAUCCUUACAAACAAGUAACUUAUCUUGAAAAUAACUCUUUUUUUUGGUGUCAUCAAAAAUCAAGGCCAGCAAAUUCUGUACCUAUAACUUGUGCACAAAGAUCCCUUAGCCAUGUUUUGAAGCUGUCGAUGUACCAGUGCAUUCAAAGCAAAGUGAUGCAAAUUGUUGUUGUUGUUGUUUUUAAAAGACAUAACUGGAUACUACAUUGCUUUGAAUAAGUGAGUGAACUGAGAUUUUUCAAGGUUGCCCAUUUAAUUCUGUCUUGUUAAGAUAGAAGAAAACCAACAAAAAUAAAUGCCAUUCAUCCUUGUAAGGUCAAAUGUGAACUGCAGAAGUUUUCAAGUUUAUUUAAUAUGAGGUUAAAUGAAGGUCGACUGUUUUCAACUUCUUAGUCUGAUUCUGUAAAAUGUGUUUAGAAUGAUGUGUAGUGCUGUAUGAUUUUAUUUUCUUCAUUUAUUUAUUUACAGUCUUAUUUAUGUUCUGUUUAAUAUAGUUCAGUUCUGGCCAUUUAAAAUGUCUGAUGUGAAAGAGGCCAUAUUGGAUCAUUUUUAGCUUUAUGAAUCCUCCCAUAUUAGCUGUUAAUUAUAUAUGAUGCACAAAAAGAUUUGGAGGAGUGGUAAAAAAAAAAAACUAUCUCAGGCUAAUUGUUAGUAGGUAUGACCAAGAUCAAGAUUUUUUUAAAGAUUUUUCAAAAUUUACUCAUUUUAAAAAUGAAAGACAAACAUUUUUUAACAUAUCCCUUUUCCCUCACUUUGAAAAUCAGCCAUAGUGUUACAUAUUUAUGGGCAGCUUUUAACAAUUUUGUCCUUUUGUACUAACCCAAAUUAUUCACAGUGGAAAAAAAAAGUUAGUCAAUUGAUCAAAAAAUGGAUAAACAUGAAUUUUAAUCUUACAAAUAUUUGAAAAGUAGAAUUUACUCUUGAAGGGAUAUAACAAAUGUAAGAUCUCAUGUUUCAAUUAUCAGUAUAUUAAAGUUUUGCAUAUCAGAAUCCAAGUAUUACAGGUACAAGAACAAUAUUAUUCUUAGCCAAAUGAACAAAGUUUAGCUGAAUUUUGUAGACUACAAAUCAACUAAUUUUAAAAAUCUUUUUUUUCCUUUUUUUUUGCUAUUGCUUUAUCUAUACUGUAUCAAAUAUCAAAUGCUCAGGACUGAACUCAAUAUUUAAUCAGGUUAAAUUCUGAAUGUGUUUUCUGUUCUAAUUUGUCUUGUUUGUAAAAGUAUGCAAAUACUUCACAUUAGAUUAACUUUUGUCUCUGCACUUUCCAUGUGUUUGUGAUUGGGGGAAAAAAUACAAUUUUUUAACAAAGAUACUCAUUGCCUGGUAUUUUAUUCCAGCAUCAGAUUGUACAGAUAAAUUCUUUGGCCGAGGCAGAAGAAUUUGCAUGAUAUCUUUCUGUGACAAAUAUGGAUGUGUUUAUUAAAAAUUCCCCGUGUCAGCA